AACCGCACUCGCACUUUCACGACCCAAGCCAUCGUCUCUCUUAUUUGUCAUUACUCAAUAUAACUCAAGCAUACCACAGCGUCCAACGCAACGUAACACACAUAACCCCCACGCGAGCGACGACGGCAACGAACGACCACCCUGCCACGUUAAUCUCUCAUUGAACGACUGUUAGGGGUACAGACUCAAGUCCUGUGAUUCGACGCCUGCAACUUAACUUUUAUACUUGGCCCCAGAUCAUAUAGCAAAGACGCACCAUACACGUCAUCGUGUUGUCUAUAAUAACAGACCUUUGACACCAUGGCCGGUUCCGAGAAGGAAAGGCACUCCUCGGGUCAUACCUCGCACAAGCUCUCACAUGCUUUCCGCACCUGGUUUCGAGAUACCGAGGAGGACGGGACGCCACUGCUUCCGCAUCAGCUGUCGCAAAAGUACAAUGUCCGGCCAAAGAUUCUGGGGCAAGGCUCCUUUGCGGUCGUCAAACUAGUCGCGGACAAACAGACAGGCGAACAGCGUGCGCUGAAGAUUAUCGCCAAGAAGCCCCUCAAGGACAAUAACGAAAAGAUGCUCAAGGAGGAGAUCAACAUCCUGGGGAAAGUCGAUCAUCCCAAUAUCCUCAAGAUGCAUGACCUUUACGAGACCAAAGAGGGUGUCUUCAUCGUCACGGACUACUGCGAGGGUGGCGAGCUAUUCGACCGGCUCGUCGAAAAGGUGCAUUUCAACGAGCUUGAUGCGCGGCAUGUCGUCAAGCAGAUCUUCAGCGGCGUCGAAUACCUGCACAAGAUAGGCAUUAUCCAUCGCGAUCUCAAGCCAGAAAAUAUCCUACUCAAAGACAAGGCAGACCCGAGCGAUAUUGUCAUCUCCGAUUUCGGGCUCUCGCGCUUCAUUCCCGCGGACGGACUACUGAUGACCGCAUGCGGGUCACCGCAGUACGUCUCACCGGAAGUUCUCCUGGGCAAAGGCUACGGCCCUGCCGUUGACAUCUGGUCCUCGGGCGUCAUCACAUAUUGCCUCCUGGCCGGCUACACACCCUUCUAUGGUGAGGACCAGCCGUCGCUGUUCCGGCAGAUUGUCGAGAUGCGCGUUGAGUUCGAGCCGAAGUACUGGUCCGAAAUCAGUGACAUCGCCAAGGAUUUCAUCUGCAAGUGUCUCUGUCCCGCGGAGAAGCGCCUGACGGCCGCGCAGGCGCUGCAGCACCCCUGGCUCACCAACUUGCCUGAGCUACAUGACGAGAAGGCCGAGCGCGGUGCAUGUCUCAAGGAGUGUGCCAAGCGUCACGGUGAAAAGGCCGCGGCGAAGAAGAAGCUUGGACGCGCCAUCACGGCGAUGGAAGUCGUCGCGUAUCUAAACAAGCUCCACUCGCUGCGUGAGGGACACCACGAGGUGCUCCCAAGUGAGAGCCUUGAGAACUUACGUGGCAUUGUUGACUCGAUCAAGCGCCAUCGCCGCGGGCCUAGCCUGCCACAUGGCGACGACGAGAUAGACGAGCUGGAUGAGAUGGUCGAGAAGGCCAAGGCGCAGGUGCACGUGCAGCAGGAACAGGGCUACCACGGGGCGUUACCGCCUGCGCAUGAUAGUGGUGCCGGCCGCGCAAGUAGAGCUAUGCAGGGCGUGGAACGUGAUGAGACGCACGCGACGCUUUCACCCGACGAAGCGUCAAUUGGGGCAAAGGCGCCGGGAAGCAAAGGCGGCAGCGGUAUGAUGGGCGUCGAUCUGGUCGUCAUGUCCGUGCUCAUGCCGGAAGGCUGGCCAUCCUUGCCAAAAGAGACCAAAGACGGUGAGGCAAUCAGCAGCGCCGCGAGCACGAGCAGUGGAAAGGACGGCAGCAAUGUGAACGCCGAGCGCGACAGCGAGCCGGUACCUGCCCCCGCGCCUGCGCCGAUGAUGCAAGCUGAGCUCCCCGCCUCUGCCGCCAAAGCACUGUCCAUGGUCGCGGCUGAGUCAGGGCUCGCUGAUGGGCCGAAUGGAGACGAUAGCGUGGAGGCUGCCUCUGUGACAAGCAGCAGUCCUGCGCAGUCUACCGUCACGCUCAAGCCUUCGAAUGCGCAAAAGUCAAAGCAGCAGUUGUCUGUCUCUGCGCCUCUUGACAACAGGAGGAGAAGUACCGAGACGGCAGAGGAGAGACUAAAGCGCCAAGAGAAGCAUCCACAGCGGCACGGCUCUUACACCCCGCGUGAGACCUCCACCUCGACCAAAGCGGCGCUGAACACGCUUCUCGAGCCGUACAAGAAGGGUAAUCUGCCAUCCUCUGCGCGCCUCGAUCCGACCGUGCCAACUCGCCAACCGACCAAGAUCACGCUCUCCAACGCCUGGCGGUACCUCCCGUUCAUCGUCCAUCAAGGUGUCUCUAUCGGCUCGGCUCUCGCUUCGCAUGCCUUCUACGGCCCCCCAAAGAAGAGCUGGGGAGUCGAGCUGAGCGUUUUCACCAAGAUCUUGCGCGACUGCGCGCAGUACUCCGAGUUUGCGACGAUCCAAGGUCUUCAGCAAUUCUUCGAUCUCGGCAGCUUCUUGCCCAUGCCCAAGGAUGGCCUCAUAACGCCCGUCACCUUCCGCGUCAAUAAGCGCGGGCUCAAGGGUUUCCUUGCUGAGGCUGACGCCGCGGAGGAUGGCACGCGCGAGAUCACCGGCGAGUGGGUCGUCGGCAAGCAUACAUGGAAGCGCCUGCAAGCCGAAUGGCGGAGCAAGCAGGAAAAAGGCCGUGAGCGCGUCAUCCUCUACUUCCACGGCGGCGCCUACUUUGUCAUGUCCGCCGCCACGCAUCGUCCGCUGACGAUCGCGCUGAGCAAGUACACCGACUGUCGCGUCUUCGGCAUCAACUAUCGCCUCGCGCCUGAUACCAAGUUCCCAGGCGCGCUGCACGACUGUGUGUCGAGCUACUUCAGGCUGGUCGAUGAGCUUGGCAUCCCGCCAAACAACAUCGUACUCGGCGCCGAUAGUGCUGGUGGCGGGUUGGCCAUGGCUACGAUGCUCUACCUGCGCGAUCAUGGCUAUCCGUUGCCGUCCGGCGCGAUGCUUUUCAGCCCCUGGGUCGAUUUGACCAUGUCCUGCGACUCGUGGGAUACUAACGCACAGUACGACUACCUGCCCCGUCCCGCGCCUGGCGACCACAUGAAUCCGGUCACUGCCUACUUGGGACAGAAUAUUGACAAAUACCUCACCCACCCGUAUGCCAGCCCUCUUUUCGGAGACAUGAAGGGCCUUCCACCGCUGCUGAUUCAAUGCGGAGAUGCCGAGGUGCUCCGUGAUGAAGGUACGCUGUUGGCCCACAAAGCUUCCAUGGCAGGCGUGUCUGUCCGGCAUGAGAUGUACGAGGACUGCGUGCACGUCUUCCAAGCAUUCCUCUUCCUUGAUGCCUCUCGCAAGGCACUGCAGAGCGCGCGGCACUUUGUUCGCACUGCGCUUGACCGGCGCGGACGCACGCGCUCGCACGUCAGCGACAAGGUGCGCAAGGAGAUUGAUAGGGAGAUGCGCGUCAACAUGUCUACCGCUAAGGGCGAGCGCGUGGAGCCGCGCACCGGCGAGAAGGAAGGGCCCGUGACGAGUGUUAGCGACCCUGAGGAUCGCGAUUCGGACCGAGACGAUGAGCAGUGGGAGCUUGACCACGAGGCCGCGGCGGAGAGCAGCAGUGCAGGUACUGGCCCCAGCGUGGGUGCUGCAGCAGGUCGGGCUGCGCGUCGCGCGUUCGGCAUGGCCGAGAAGGCUUUCGGCAUCGACAAUCAGGCGGUCACGGACAUGACGAGCCGUGGCGCAGGGCAACACGAUGCACGCCGUUCCUCGCCUCGGCCGGAGCCGCAGUGCAGUCGAACCCAGCCGUCAUCGCCAGUCACCCACAGGACUCUAUACCCGUUCCAAGCCGGUGCAGGUGCAGGAAAGGGCCCAGCAGCGGGGACCGCACCGCCUUCAACGGAUUCCUCACGCCAUCGUCAUACCUCUUCGUCUUCUUCCUCGUCCAUGUCCGCAACAUACAUGCGCCGCGCGACGCCGUCCAUGUCUCUAGAGGAAGCGCGCGCAUCCGCGUCCGCGGGCAUUCGGGCGCAGCAUCUGCACGGAUCCAAAGGGCAUCAUGCAGCAGGCAAAUUCCUCGAGGGCAAAGUUCCGCCUGUCAUCUCCAAGCCUCGGCUGAGCACGCGCAGCACCAGCAACCUUGCGCUUGACCAGCUUGUCAAGAGCUUCGAGAGGGAGCCGGCUGUAAAGACUGCCAGGUGGACGGCAGAUUGAGUCAAAAUCAGCUGGCGUUUGCAUGUGGCUUUGCAGGAUCCGCGGCGCGAACAGAGAUUAAGCAGGAAACGUAAUACAAGAACGUCAUGUAUUGUAGCGGACCGUUUUCCUGGCUCCAUGCGCAUUAGACUGUCCUAACUUGUCCUAUCCACACUCAUGCCACUGGAUGUCGGAGUUACUUUCUGACCAGUUGGUGAAAGUUGCAGCAAAUUGAAGAGCUUAAUGUCGUGGGCACUCUUUGUGUGGUGAUAGCUCGUCUGUGAGCCCUGGCCCUGACCUGGACACCCGAGUGUGCGCAAACAGACAUACACGCGACAGGGAUGCUGACUACCCACAGAAGAGCACACGUCGUGUGCCAAAGAAUGUUCCGUAA